CGAAUACAUUUACAAGCCGCUGUCCUUUUACGUGAAACGAGACUCUAUCACGGAUAUGUAUUAAAUUUGGAAACGUCAACGAGAUGUCCAAACAGGUUACAAAACUCUUCAUUUCGAUUCGGUCACGCAUAUUUCCAUAAACAAAUGACAGGUUUUUGUAGUCUCGCGUCGCGACGUAAAAAUCGAUCCAUAGACCGCGCCAGGUCUGACGGUGUCGGGUGUUUGACCGACUUUUAUAGAAUUAAUGAAGAGAAAAAAACUCGAUUGAAAAUGUAUUCCGUCGGCAUCGUAAGCCACGAAGCGAUGAAGACGUUCUGGCCGGAGAAAACGGACGAGAUUUUAGCCUUCUCAUAGAAACUGAAAAUACAAAGACAUUCGUCAAGUUUUUUUCCAUGGAGAACAUUUACGCCCUGUUUCUCACUUUAAUCCUAAUGUUUCCUAUCAUCGUUCAGCUCCAAAUGUUAAUCGCAGAUCCAAGAAAGCUAUGCACAAUUUUCCAUUAUUACGCGACCGACCCAGAAACCGCCGACAAACCACCCGCUUCCAACAUACUGCAACACUAUCCCAAAGAAUCUACGGUGUUCAGCGUCGCCAGCUCCGAUUCCAAGAUAUCGUUGACCAACUUGAGAACCGUUUCAUCCUGGCCAGUGAUACCGACUCAAACGUUACCGAUCGUUGACUCAGCGGCCGAGACAGAAGGCAGACGUACGAGCGGAACUCGAGCGAAUGUGGUCGCGAAAUAUUCUUCCACGUUCGUGAAAACCGAUCAGGUUUUGCCUGUCGUCGACAUCACGUGGAAUUACAGCUCGUAUCGGUUCAAAACGUUCCAGGCGUGCCUACGGGAUUGUUACGGGGACAGAUAUCCACCAGGUGAAGUGGUGUUGAACUCGAUGCAGCUGAAUCUGUUGGAUUCUCACACGAACGUCCCGCUGAACGUCGCCGGUCUGUUCGAUUUCCUGAAGGAGGAGAGCGAGCCAUGUUUGAACGUCGUGUCGAAGAAGCUGGAAAUUGAGUAUCUUAAUCCGUUGGAUCACUUUGUGACGAAACAAACCGACCGGCCAGAGACUGUCGAGAGAUUCACGGAAACGGAUGAGCAGGAUCGCCGGUACAAUACGGCCGAGAGCCAACAGAAGGACGCUAUCUGGCCCGUAAUCACCGGCGGAGAAAAGAAUCAGCCGAAUCGAAGAUCCUCCAGGAAGAUCGAGCCCCCUUGCAAAUGCUAUUUGUCCUCGUCCCGGCGUGUUUGCGGGACGAAUGACUCUUGAUCGGAAGAAGAAACGUACAAGACGAUUGGAGAACACGGGGGAUCGAUUAGAGAAACUGGCCUGAUUGGGGAGAAAGUUCGCGAGAAAUAUUCGUCGCGAGAGAUAUUACCUC